AUGAAAAGUUUAUUUACUUUAGCUAUAUUUACUUUAGCUACUUAUAUUUACCUUGGAGAAUCAAAAACUGGUCUCACAUGCUAUGAACCUAAUGAACUAUCUGAGAAUUUUCAAUCAGUCACAUGCUCUGAUAUAAGAAGUAUUAUUGGAAAUGGAGGAGCUAACACAUUUAUUAUAGAUACAAAUAGCGAAGAAAUUGUCAAUUGCACUUGGAUACCAGAUAAGACAUGUACAGUCUUGAGUGAGAAUAAGUAUAAUAAUGGUUUGACAUCCAAAUGUUUAGGAUUUGCUAGUUUUAAUGAAUCCGAAAUAUAUAUUGGACCACACCCAGUAAAUGUUGCAACUUCAAAAAUUGCAGGAGUCCUUUGUUGUUCAGCGCUGUGUGCAGAUGAAAGUCAAAAUGGACAAGGGACAGAGACAAAACAAAUAGUGGAAGAGAUUUCAGAUCUGUUUACAAGUAAAAAAGUUAUGGCAGUUAGUAGUUCAUGCCAAAAUCCUCAGGAAUUGGGAAUACUUGAUAAUUUAUCUUGUAGUCAACUAAGAGAUCCCGAAGUAAAUAAUAAAUUGACCUAUGUUGGAAAUCCAUACUAUUUAGAAAACAAGUGUACUUUUAAUUAUGAUGAAAAUUGUAGACCAUUUGAAAGUAAGAAUUGUCUUGGAUAUGUGAUUAAUGGGAAUCAUGAAGUUUGGUUUGGUAUGCAACCAGUACAAAGUAUAGGACCACUAGUGCAAAAUGUCUUGUGCUGUUCGGUCAGUUGUGGGGAUCAGCAAAACUUUGAAUUAACAAACAUAGGAAAUGUUAGCAAUUCAGGUCAGAUUUCAACUCCUUCACCUAAUUCUAACAAUUAUUCUGAUACAAUUGUACCUAUUUUACCUGGGCAAUCUGGAAAUCAAGAUAUUCCAAUUGCAAAUAAUUCGAUAGUGACAACAGUUACUCAUCCAGAUGGGAUUAUAGUAAAUCCAGAGACACAGACAACCGAAUCAAAUCCAACAUCUGGAUCUGGAAAUUCUACAGCUAUAAUAAAGGAAGUACAGAAUUCAGGAAUAUCUCAAUCAACACUUAAUAUGAAUUCUCCUCAACCAGACUCACAAAUAAAUUCUAGUAUUCAAAAUUCUAGUGAAAACGAAAUUCAGAUAACUACUUCAACUACUUCAGCACCUCCAGUAAUAGGUGAGACAUAUUCAGGAACUGAAUUCAUAAAUUCUGUGCCUGUCCCAAGUACAAAUCAGGAGUCUAACACACCUAUAGAAAGUUUCACUAAUACUACUGAAGCUUCUAUGUCUUCAAAUGGCAGUGAAUCAGAUAUACAGGUAGUUGUGACAACGACUUCUACACCAGAAACAUUUAAUGUUGUAACUUUUUCAAGUUCUAAUUUAAAAAAUGAGACAAGACCUGAAGUACAGGCUGGAAGUCCUGAAAUGCAAGAAUUAUUUAACAGCAUACUAAGUUGCUCUCCUCCUACUAAAUUCAAUAUCCCAUAUGUUACUACAUGCGAAGAAUUAAGAGAAUGGGCAAAUCUCUCAUCACUAAUUAUAUUAUCCCGUAGCAUUUCACAAUGUAGGUGGCAUGAUGAGCCAACUUGUACUCUAUCAUCAGUUUCUUGUGCUGCAUAUGUUAGUACGGGGACUGAUAUAAUAUUUGUGCCAGGUUCAAUUCCUCAGGAAGGAAUAAGUGGUAUUCAAAAGUUGUCUGAAUCAGAGCAGAGAAGGUUACGUGGGAAAACUGCUGAGUUCAUGCCUCUCUGUUGCAAUGUUGUGUGCUAA